UGCCAAACAUGCUACGCCCUUCAUCUCCCUCCUGAUCCGUUUGUGCCGAGUGUAUACCUCUACCCCUUCGCCCACACCGUCGAGGCUGCGUGACUGUCUGCGCGAGUGUUUUCAGUGAUCGUUCUCUAGCUUCAUCUUUCCCGGCGGCGUAAUCGAUAAAAAAGUGGUGUCUCCCCACUCGCGAAUCCGCUUCUCAGUCCACUCGGCCGCAUCCGCAGCGCUACCUAACGCACCCCGCAAGCCUCACCCAUUGCGCGCGUCGAGGGCCUGCAAAAGGUCAUCGUGCAGCCUGCCAGCACAUCUGCGCAGAAGAAAGGUUUUUUGCUGGAGCCUGCCACUCGACCGACUCCACGUAACACCACACCACGCGCCCUCUCCCUCUCGCUCUCCCAGUCUUGACUCCGCACCCUCGCUGCCUCACCUCAACCCUACUCACAAUGGUCACCCAGCGCAGAUACUCGGUCACGGGCCAGACGCCCCCGGACGAUGCUGAAGCCAUGAAAGCGCGCUCUCCAAAACUCCAACCUCUUGAUACUAGUGUGCAAACAACGCCGUGCGGCUACUGUGACGGCGCGCCCGAGCUGAGUACGAGCAGCGAGGAUAGCGCCGCCAGCCAGCGGAGAGGACGGAACAUGUCCCAAAAGGGUACCAUUGUACGCACUUCGAGCAAACGAUCUGCCACCCAGCUACCUUCGCCCAGCUCGCCCACGCACCAGCUGCCGCCCAAGAUCCCGAGAUACAGACUCAACGUGGAUAUAGACAUAGGCUCCGAUACAGACACGGACUCGGACGACGCCGACUUGCUGGGAGAUGGGAGCGAGCACAGCGACUGCCACGGCUUCGAGAGCCAGGCCACUUCGUUUCCGUCAACUCCCGAGCACUCGCAACAGUACGGCGUAUCGACUCUGCCCGAUGCCACGCGUUUGGAAGGUCUGCAGCUGUAUGCAGAGGAAAGACCCGACGACGAUGAGCACAUGGACGACUACGCGCUUUCCCCGUCCCAUUCUAGAAACCACAGCCUCGACCGCAUCCAGCUCGAUGGGUCCAACGACGUGCAGAAGGAUUGGGCCGCACACAUUGCCCUGCACCAAGAAAAGGCAGAGAUUAUUCAUAUGGAAGAUAUCCAGGCCACAUCAGUCCAUGAUAUCGAUACACUCCCUACCAAUGACAUGACCAUGACGUCCGCCCCACCCACCUUCGUUACACUGCCACCAGAGAUCCGCCAUCAGAUCUACCGCAAUUGUGAGAACCUCGUCAUUGAUAAACCCCUCGUAUACUGCAUCUCUACCUUUGACGGCCAGAUGCAGCACGCACUCGCUUCAGUAUCCCGCCUCGUCCGCUCCGAAGCUCUCGCCAUCUUCUACAGCUAUAACCUGUGGGUCAUCAAAGUCGAGUUCAAGAUGAUGUACGAGGCCUUUCAAGACUGGAUCAUCCGCCUGGGGGACGGCGCAGGACUGCUAAGACUGGUCAGCUUCUCGGUACGCGGCUCGCUGUUCAAGCCCAGGAGGAAUCAUACACAGAGUGUGUUGAUCCAUGGACACCUUGUGCAGCUUGCUCCGGGCGUUAUUGGGCCAGCGACGACACGAGAGGAACUGUACUGCCCACCGGACGGUGACGCCAGUUUCAAGAUCGAUCUUAGUGAAAAGUUCGCUGGUGGCAGGGUGCAGCUGGUGCGGAAUGACGGCACGAGAGAGGCAGGUGAGCAAGCAAGAGCUCACCUGGGCAAGAUGGUGGAGGUGCUCUGGGCGAAGAGAAAAGCGGGAACACUGAACGGCCAGGAUUGGAUUAACAUGGUGGAUGGCUUCAUUACCUUCAUCGGAGGCUGGUGAUAUCUACAGGGACAACAUUUUUUAAUGUGCAUAUGGUGUUUGGACAUAUUGUUCGUGUGUAAUCGCGUCUAGCAUGAUUUUUACGACGUUCUGCAUGGUUUAUGGCGUUGUCAGGGACGGGAAAAGAUUCUGACUCGGGGAUAACAUAUAUCGCAUUUUUCAAAUAUUCACCCAAGAGUAAUGGUGGAGAUGGAAGAGGAGGUAAUACUCUCAAUGUUGUAGGCAGCUUUGAUUUGUAAAAUCUAUACCCA